AUUCUGGGGGAAAUCCUGGCGCCACAGCUCACGCUCCUGAGCCUCAGCCAAUCCGCGCCCGGACAGGAAGUAACGUCAUCAGGCGUCGGCGGAACGGAAGCCAGAAUCGCCUCGGGUCGGGCCGCAAAGAUGGCGUCCUCCGCCUCCGGGAAGCGAGUGGUUAAUCAGGACGAGCUGCGGCGGUUGAUGAAGGAGAAGCAGCGUCUGAGCACCAACCGUAAACGGAUAGAAUCUCCAUUCGCGAAGUACAACCGCUUGGGGCAGCUGAGUUGUGCCCUGUGUAACACCUCGGUUAAGAGCGAGCUCCUGUGGCAGACUCACGUCCUGGGAAAGCAGCACCGAGAGAAAGUGGCCGAGCUGAAAGGCGCGAAGGAAGCCGCCCAGGGGCCGUCCGCCAGCGCAGUGCCUCAGUCCGCCAGCGCAGUGCCUCAGUCCGCCAGCGCAGUGCCUCAGUCCGCCAAGAGGAAGGCGCCGGACGCAGAGAGCCAAGAUGCCAAAAGAGCGAAGGCCUCCCUGGUGUCUCAAGUACAGCCCUCCACUUCCGCUUUGCCCACCAACUUUGACAAAGCCGGAAAGGAGUCCACUAGGGCGACCCUCAGUAAGGCUUCGGGACUCGGUUUACUCCCUGAUUAUGAAGAUGAGGAAGAGGAGGAGGAGAAAGAGGAGGGAGGAGGAGGAGAAGGGAAAAGAGGGGAUGUCUGUAAGCAUCCGGCCAACGCACAGGGCAAGGAACACUCACUUUCUUCCGCGCGGGAGGCAAGCGGUAGUAGGCUGCCAAGCGAUUUCUCGGACACAAAUCCUCCCAAGGCCCCUUUAAUUCCUCAUUCAGGGUCAAUUGAGAAAGCAGAAAUACAUGAAAAAGUGGUGGAAAGGAGAGAAAACACAGCGGAAGCAUUACCGGAAGGGUUUUUUGACGACCCUGAGAUAGAUGCGAGGGUACGAAAGGUUGAUGCCCCAAAGGAUCAGAUGGACAAAGAAUGGGACGAAUUUCAAAAAGCCAUGAGACAGGUCAACACUAUUUCCGAAGCCAUAGUUGCCGAAGAGGAUGAGGAGGGACGGCUGGACCGGCAGAUUGGGGAGAUCGAUGAGCAGAUAGAGUGUUACCGUCGGGUGGAAAAGCUGCGGAAUCGCCAGGAUGAGAUAAAAAAUAAGCUUAAAGAGGUUCUGACCAUAAAAGAACUGCAGAAAAAGGAAGAGGAGAACGUUGACAGCGAUGAUGAGGUAGAACUACAGGAUUUGUUGUCUCAGGAUUGGAGGGUGAAAGGGACUUUGUUAUAGGGUUUCAAAGACCCAAGAGUUCUACAUCCUCUACCACUGUAUAAAAAGUGCCACCUCUCAAUACGAUGUCGGUUACUCCAUGCCUAGAGAUUUGGUAACUUGACUGGGUUGUCGAGAUAAAAUGAGCCUGUGAAGAUACCGAUUUGGAAAAUUGGUGUAAAAUAUUUUUGAGGUAAAGGUGUUUUUGAAGUUUUCGAAGUAUUACACUCAAAUGCCCACUUUUUCACACACUUAUAGAUCUAAAGUUUGAGUUGUAAAAGCUGUAAGCUGUAAAUAUUGUAAAUAUUAAAUAUAUAUUUACUUAAGAAUUAUGUUUUGAAAUUUAUAAGUUAAUAGAAGUCAGACCAACAGACAAGCUUUUAGAUGAAAACCAAGUGUGGCAUUUAGAAUGUAUAUGGCUUUUUCUUUUCCAACUCCCUAAAUCAAACUCAAGAGGGUUGUGGCCUGGCGGGGGGGUGUUUCGUUGUUGUUUUUAAGAACACUACUCAAACAUAUAAGUCAUUCAGGGCUAAUCAGGUCUCUGUUUCAAAACCGUGUUCCAGGAGAAUAUGGUGAAAAAUAUAUGCCAAGUAUGACCAACCUCCUUAAUCCAAAGUUUCUCUUGAUUAAACCAGUGAUUCUCGGAUGUAGGUGCACAGGAAGAUCUCAUACAAAGAUUUUUUUAAAGUGUAUGUGGAUCAUCUAGGAAGCUUUUUAAAAAAAUUCAUGUGCUCGUGCCCUACCGUUGGAGAGAUUCAGUAAAUCUGGAGUGGGGCUCAGACACCUGUAUUAGUUUUGAUGGCUUCCCAGGUUAUCCUGUGGGAAUGCCCUGGUGGUCCAGUGGUUGGGACUCCGCGCUUCCACUGCAGGUGGCGCGGUUUCUACCCCUGGUCGAACUAAGAUUUCCGCAAGCCGCGAGGCGCAGCCAAAAAAAGAAAUUUUCCCAGGUUAUUCUAGUAAGGCCAAAAUUGGAGCACCACUGCCCUAAAUCCAGAACCUAUUUAUAUUUUUCCAGGCUUUGUUUUUUCUUUAAAUGACA